ACUAGUUCGACGGCGGAACGGGAUGUGCGAGGGCUGACGGGCCCACUGAGGAUGCGCACGUACGAGCUAUGUAAUACUAGCUCGCGCAUCCGACAAGUCCGUCCCCGCGAAGUGGUACUUCAACGGGCCCCUUUCUGGGAAGAUGCGGCGAGUGCAUGAUCACGAUGAUGGUCCUGCAAGGAUCGGAAAGCGCGAACGCAUGGACGCGUGAUACGGUUCAUCGUUAGCUCGAUCGAGUCACAUAGCCGCAAGGCCGACUGAAUGGGAGUUGGUCAACGCAUCUACAUACAUCAGUGGGAACCCGGCUUACCUGAUUGUCUGUCCACCCAGAUUCGACGUUACGCUACCGGACAACUCCCGAGGUCGCCUCCAAUGCCGGCACAAUCACGUCUAUCAGAUAACUUAACCUCGCCUCCAGUCGAUGCUCCGCCGAAGGGAGCUGGCCCUGCGGCCGAGCGCACGACGCCUCGGAGCAGCCAGGGGUUGUCGAUGACCCGUAGCACAGAUCGCGCUCCCACCGAUGCGGCCGUGAUCUCCCCGCAUCCGCGCGCUGGUUCGGGGAGUUGCCUCCUAUGGCGCGGGCAGCUCGCAGCAGCGUCUGCGGCGCGGAUGUGGGGAGAGCUUGACCACACCUGCGGGGCUUCUGCGCACGAGGAUCGCGCACUAGGAAGCUCAUUCAGUGCCCUCGCGGUGACAUCAAUCAAUGGCGAGCUGCUGUGCUCUGGCCCUGGAUGGGCCGUCGCAUCGCUUCGUCAGUACCAGGAUAAGAAGGGAAUGGCCUGCCCUUGUAGCGGCUGAUGGACAAUGGCGCAAGUCUAAGGCGCUCGGGUUGAGCGCCCCCCUUGGACCAUCCUUAUGAAACGAAGGGCAGCACAGGGCCCGUCAUGCAGCGU